CUUGGUGUGUAUUCCCGCAUGAUAAACCUUGGGUGUGUGGUGAGACGGAGCUACUUUGUUCCGAGCCCAAGGUUUCUCAUGCACAUUGACACCAAUCACAAACUGAUCAGGUACAACAUGGUCAUAUUUGGGGGUAUUGAUGGAUAUUCACGCAAGAUCAUGUACCUGGGGGCUGCCCCCAAUAACCUAGCCUCAACCACCCUGGGCUUCUUCAUGGCAGCAGUGGAGCAGUUUGGCUUUCCAUUAAGGGUACGGGGAGACCAUGGCGUGGAAAACGUUGACGUGGCUCGUUUGAUGUUUUCAGUCCGAGGCACGGGGAAAGGCAGCUUCAUAGCAGGGAAGAGUGUGCACAAUCAGCGCAUAGAGCGGCUGUGGCGAGAUGUAUGGUCAGUGACAAGUGCCUACUACAACACCCUCCAUUCCCUCGAGGAUGAUGGUCUUCUGGACAUUUCAGAUAGUGUGCACCUCUUCUGCUGUCACUACACCUUCCUUCCUCGCCUACAAGCCAGCUUGAACACUUUCACUGAAGGUUGGGACAAUCAUGCUUUGAGUACUGAAGGGAAUCUGACUCCAAACCAGAUGUGGCAUCUCGGUCUCGUGCGGAAUCCAGUAGCAGAACCAGAGGGUACAGAGGUAUGUUAA